CUCUUCUCUUCUUGCUUUGGAGCUCCUGCUCCAGCUCUGCUUGAGAUGCACCCCCACCACCCUUGUGCCACUGGUGGCUCCUGCACCUGUGCCCGCUCCUAUAAAUGCAAACACUGCAGAUACACCUCCUGCAAGAAGAGCUGCUGGUCCUGCUGCCCCAUGGGCUGUGCCCAGUGCUGUGUCUGCAAAGGAACAUCGGACAAGGGCAGUUGCUGUGCGUGAGGUCCGGGGAGCCUG